UAGCAGACAGACAGUUGUGUCUUGCAUAAUGUGUAAAGAAAAUGACUGGAAAUGUAAAUGGAACAAUGACUUGUUUUGUUUGGCAGUCAGUAAAACAAUGAUGUGGCCUUUUCCCAGCAAGCAACUUAAGUAUUGAUAGCAUUAGUUCUUCACUGCUGCACCUUCUCUGCAACAGUAUUUCCUUAUCAACACAACAUUCCUGGCACUGAUGUAAAAUAAUACACUUUUCCUCGUUUCUCUUGCUUCACCUAAGGGUCCCGCUGUAUACAGCAGCCACAAACAAACCAGGGAUUCCAGGGUAGACUAUCAGAAUAUCCAUCACAAGGCCUCACCUAAGGGUCCCACUGUAUGCAGCAGCCACAAACAAGCCAGGGAUUCCAGGGUAGAUGGCCAGAAUAUCCAUCACAAGGUCCAAAAUUGUUUGGAAAAAAUACUUAACAUGGAGACUGCCGUGUUCAACUGCUGGCUCCUUUUUCUGCUGUUCAGCCCAUCUGUUCCCAUGUGUUUACCCACUGACUUCACCCUGUAUGUGGAGAAGCCAGAGUGUGACUUCUGUGUGGCGAUCAACACUACUAUCUGCAUGGGGUUUUGCUACUCAAGGGACAGCAACAUGAGGGACAUACUUGGCCCACGCUACCUCAUCCAGAGAGGCUGUACCUAUGACAGGGUGGAGUACCAUACGGCCAUACUGCCCGGCUGUCCUGUCGACUCCAACCCUGUCUUCACCUACCCUGUGGCCCUCAGCUGCCAUUGCGGUGCCUGCAGGACCGACAGCGAUGAGUGUGCACACAGAGCCAGUGUGGACAGAGCUAAGUGUACCAAACCAGUUAGACGUAUCUAUCCAUACCCUGGUCAGAGCAACUACAUGAUCCCUUUCUGAAUGAUUUGUUUUUGUUCUCAUCGUGUUUUCGUUAAAGAUACUGAGACUGCAUUUUCCAUGAAUGUUUUUAAGAGAAAACAAACGUCAUCCUUUAGCUUGUGAUGGAUACAGUGUUAUCUGCACUGUCUGUACUGUUGCCUAUUGUACCGUCCAGUUUUAUUGUGCCUUUGUUUCGUGUCUGUGCUGAAGCUCUGCUUCUCAGUUUACAAUGGGGGUUUAUCCAGUUGCGUGGUCCUGACAGCGUCAUUAUUUAUCCUCUUGUACACUCAUGUGUGUGUGUGACUCCCAGACUUAUUAUGUUUGCUCUGAAAGGGAUACUCUGAAUACAACUCGAUUAAAGCUAAAGUCUCUAAAUA